AUGUGUUGUUUGUUUGGGCGGGUGGCUGGGGGAACGGAGGGUGGCGGGAGACUUCACUGUCUUCGACGCGCUGUUUGGCACACUCUUACCCUUUGCAGAACGGGCAAGAAUGUCCAUUCCCUGCGGCCCUGCAAGGAUGCCUGUCGGCAAUGUGUGACAGACUCGCAGAACAGAGUCAUCGAGUUCGAGGGCUACAAGCCUUCUCGCCUUGGAAGAUUCGCCUCAAUGCUGGUGCCGAUGACGACCGCACUGCUCGUCAUCCUUUUCGUCGUCGCUGUGGCAGAUUAUUACUGGGAUUGCGAAUGGAGCUGGCCCGACCAUCUUUGCUUCAUCGGCACAUUUCCAAUCUUUGGGAGCUUUGACACCAACUCGUACGUGUUCUUGAUAGUGUGGUGCCUGGGCGUGACUUGGUUCUUCUUCCUGAUUGUGAAUACUGGCGGUCAGAUGAUCAAGCAGUUUGGCUUGAGAGCACCAUUCCGCAAGGCGGCGGUCAUCUGUGUGUCCGUGCAGGAACGUCAGGAGACAAUUAGCAGUGGAUACUCGCGGACAUUGGCCUUGCGAAAGAAGGUGCUGGGCUUGGUGGCCAAACUCCUUCGAGCAAAGGAUCUGCCGGGCGGCUUUCUAUCGCUGUCCGGUGCAUCAUCCCAGACAAUUCCUCUAAAGUACGACCAUUCCAGCAAGCUCUGGUACGUGGAGUUUCGCUGCCAGAGAUAUGUGUACGAUCCUGUCACCGACGGCUUUUUGCAGCACGAUCCCAGCACAAGUCUGAGGAAAGGUCAUGCGGCCUUCGAUGCGCUGCUAGCAGAAGGGGGGCUGAGGACGAAAGGCCCGUCGCCCCAAGGCUUCAAGUCUGUCGAAGAGAUGUACAGGAGCUCCGGGCCGAACCGGAUUCCCUUUGAAGUCGACGGAUGGACCCAGGCGCUCACCGAGGAGUUCAGUACGCUCUUCUUCUUAUACCAGUUCGCCAUCUACGCGGUCUGUGUCUGGUUCUCCUACUGGCACUACACCAUCAUCGCCAUGACCAUUGCUGUCAUUUCUGGCUUCUUCAACACGUCUGUCAGACUUGCGAGUCAGCAGUCCAUCAAAUCGAUGAUGGAACAGCAGCUGACCGCCCACGUACUUCGAGACGGCCAGGUGGUCGAGGUCGACGCCAACGAGCUUGUCCCCGGCGACAUCCUCAAGGUCCAUCCUGGCCCUGUCCCUUGUGACCUGCUGUUGCUACGCGGAGCGGCGGUCUGCGAUGAGUCGACUCUGACUGGCGAGUCCAUGCCCGUGCAGCGCCUGGCACCGGUAGAGAAGCUUCCGGAUGACCCGCCCGGAUUCCGAUUUCCAGCAAAGCAUUCGCUGGUUGCAGGAACGUCAGUACUGCAAGUUGUCGAUGAUGAGACUUGGGCACUGGCCACACAUACUGGCAUCCACACGCAGAAGGGGCAGCUGCUUCUUUUGAUCUUGUACCCUCCAAAAUUGGUGUUCAAGUAUGACGAGCAGCUGAGCGUUGUUUUUUUCCUGCUCAUCAUCUAUGCUUUUGCCCUUGUGGUCAAGUUGAUGAGAGUCAUGUAUGUUCGCUACGCAGUGCAACAGAAGCUGCCCCUGACGGCCACCUGGGCCAGUGGGGUCUUCACAUGCUCCUGCGUUCUGCCGACCAUGCUGCACAUCGUGCUCUCCGUGGGCCAGGUGAUUUCGGCGAAGCGGCUGAAGGAGAAGGCUUGCAGCAUCUUCUGCGUCGUGCCGAAGCGCAUCGCCUUGGCCGGGAAGGUUCGGGUUGCUUGCUUUGAUAAAACGGGCACCUUGACAACCAGCGGUCUGGAGUUCUUUGGAGUGCACUGUGUGGAGAUGGACGGCACCGACCCGGGACUUCAAGGUUCCCAAAGCCCUUUCUCCUCACCGCUCGCUGCCGCCACGGCCACGAGUCCGCGACUGGCGGCAGAACCUCAGAAGUCGAAGUGGGACCUCCACAUUUUGUGUGGCUUGGCGAGCGCGCAUUCGCUGUCGCCCUUCUCGCAAAGCGAAGCAGGUGUUGUUGGAAAUGCUGUCGAGGUGAACAUGUUCAAAGCCUCCGGAUGGUCGCUGGCCUCGCAGCGCGAUGUCCGAAGCCCAUCUGGCGGCUCUUUCGAAGGGCAUCGACUGGAAAUCCUGAAGCGUUUUGAUUUCUCCCAUAGCACCAUGACGAUGAGUGCCGUGGUGAAGCAUCAUCCCAGUGGCGAGCAAGGCAUCUACUGUAAAGGCAGCUUCGAGCACAUUCUGCGCAAGUGUCGGCCGAGCUCGGUGCCGGAGAACUUCGUGCAGGUUGCCGAAGCCCACGCCUUCGCGGGCAUGUAUGUCUUGGGUUUGGCGGCCCGACCUUUGAAAGGUGGCGAGGUGGUGCAAACUCGGGCGGACGUGGAGAAGGAUUUGACUUUGCUAGGAUGCCUUCUGUUCAAGAAUCCACCUCGGCCAGACACUGCUGAGACCAUCCUCCGCCUCCGUGCUGGCGAUGUCCGGAGUGUCAUGAUCACCGGAGAUGCGGCCGGCACGGCGGUGUCCAUUGCCAAGGAGAUAAAACUUGCGGCACCGGGGCUGCCAGUUCUUUUGGGAGACAUGGAAAAGAACAGCACCGGCCACACCGCUGUUUGUUGGAGGUGCGUCGGGGAAGAUCUGAAAGGCUUGAACGAAAUCCUCUUGGGCAACGAAUGGCUGACCUGGCGCAAGAACUACAAGCAGUGGAGGGGAGGAGCUGCAGCUGGUGCGCGCGGGGAAGCCACCAUGAAGGCUGCCAAGAGACGUGCGCACGAAGCGCAGGAGCCCGAGAUCUCCAGGCGCUGUUCGUGGCCGCAGCUGGAGGAGGUGCAAAAUGCAGGUGAAGAGACAGUGGAUGAAGAUUUCGUUUUCUCGACAGAGGAGAUAGUGCUAUCACGACUCUUUGAAUGGUGCGAACUGGCGGUGACUCAGCAAGCCUUUGAAUGGCUUGCAGCACAGCAGUGCUCGCCGGACCUGCGCCGAGUGUUGCUGGGCUCCCGCCUGUCCUCAUUGAAGAAGGGCAGGGUGCUUGGAAGCGGCAAAGGCCACACAUCUCUUCUGUGGGAGCUGCUCACCUCCAUCCGCAUCUUCGCCCGCAUGACGCCAAAUGGCAAGAUCAGUGUGGUGGAAGGCUUCAUGUCCCAAGGCCUCAUCUGCGCCAUGGUUGGCGACGGUGGAAACGACUCUGGUGCCUUGCGCACAGCACACGUCGGGAUGGCCCUGAGCUCGGCCACCUCGGCGACUGUGGUCGCCCCGUUCACCACCUGUCGGCCCAGUGUGGCACCCAUUGCGGACCUCCUCCGCGAGGGCAGAGGCGCGCUGGCAACGUCCUUCGCUGGAUACAAAUACUGUGUCCACUACGGACUGUUGAACUCGGUGCUGAAGUUCAAGACCUACUGGCACGGCAUCUCGCAGUCCAUGAUGGCGGCCUACUUCCAGGACAUGAUCGGAUUCCUGAGCCUUUCCUGGGCGAUGAGUUUGGCAAGGCCUGCUCCCGUGCUCGCCACCAGCCGUCCAACCUCCUCGCUCUUUUCGGGCUUCACAGUGCUCUCUGUCGUGGGUAUGCUCGGGCUGAAUGCGCUCUUCCUGGAAGUGAACUGGAACAUCAUAACAUCGGACGAGGAGUAUGUGCCAUUCCCUGUUCACAAGGUUCGCAUUACGCAGUGGUGGAAACUGAACCGGAACUGGGAGAUCACUACCCUUUUCUUCACGUACACCUUUCAACUCUUCUGGUCAGCCGUCGUGUACUCCUUCGGGGAUGUCUUCCGACUUCCCUGGUAUACGAAUUUGGUGCUGAUGGCCCUGGUGGCUGUGAACCUGGGGCUGCUGACAUUCUUACUGUUGAGCAGUCCAAACUGGAUGACUCGCUUGUUCAAGCUCGUCUUCGAGGACGUCACUGACUCCGAUCCAUGGACGCGAGAUGAGUACUGUCCAGCAAUGCCCAGAUCAGUUCGCUUCCAUCUGCUGCUGGUGAUCAUGUGCAAUCUGACAUGCACGGCUUUCCUGGAGAAGGUGAUUAUUCAAGGGCGAGUGGGCGACUAUAUGCGGGUGUUGGGACGUGCUCUAUCGAAGCAUGUCACUCUGCGGUUGUGA